AUCCCUGCAACCCUACCACUUCACUACCUUCAUUCAUUCACAAGAAAUACUACGUAUAUCGUUCAACAGAAUUUAUCUCCGGCCUUGGAUCAAUUCUCAUCCAUCAUGGACAUCGCAGCAAUACUCCGGAGCAAGUACAACGUGAAGAAGGAGACAGACAUGGUGGCCUUGAUAGAAGAAGCCGUGCUGGUCGCCUCCUUGGUCGUGCCGGAACGCCUCAAGAAACAUCGCAGCCGUAUCGUCAAACUGCUCUUUGAUGAUAACCCGGCUCGUUCGGAUCUGCUCUUCUCCGACGAUGAAUUGUUCGAUGAUGAUGAGGACAAAAACGGCAGAUUGGGCUCCAAGAUUACCCAUGAUUCCCCUUUGCCGCCUGUCAAGAGUGCGGUUGCAGGUGAUGAUUCAUCGAGGAAUAUUCGUAACAACAAAACCAAUAUCAAGAUCCCGACGAAGGGUGGUGCUGUUUCUCCUCCUCCGGGAUGUGGCGGUGGCAGUGAUGUUCACGGCGGCGGCGGCAGUGAUGUUCACGGCGUGGGAUGCAAGAGAAAAUCCCUCAAGUGCAGCAAGGUGGUCCAGGCUCCAACAUGUGGGGUCAAACAGAGGCUGCUUUCAAAAAUAAAGAGGAGGAAGGUCCAAUAUAAUACAACAUGGAUCCGCUAGCUAGCUAAUCAUCAUAGGAUGAAAUUGAUCGAACCUUAUUCGAUCUUACAUGUAUGAACUGGUGAAAAAGUAGAGAGCUAGGUUUAGCUAGUUUGUGUGAUUCAUGUCAGAACUUCGUGUGGCUUGAUCGUUAAGUGUUCACACGAAAACUUGUACCUGAAGUUCGUUAAGUGUAUUUUUUUGUGCAGUUAGCAAAUUUUUAGUCCUAGUUAAGUCAAUAUAACUGAAAUUCCAAAUAUUAAUACAUGGGUCUUGG